AUGUAUUUAAAAUUCUUACCACUACUUUUUCUAUUCAUUGCUCUUUCAUCGGCUCAUCAAAUAAGAUUAAUCAAUAGUUGUCAAUUUAAUUUGUGGCCAGGCAUCCAGGGUAAUGCCGGACAUGAACAUCUAAGAGAAGGUGGAUUUGAAUUGAAAGCAUUUACUCGCCAAGAACUUGUUGUGCCAAAUAAUUGGAAAGGCAAAAUUUGGGCCAGGACCAAAUGCGAUGGUCGAGGACGUUGUGAGACUGGUGGUUGUGGCAAUAGAAUCAAAUGCAAUGGUGCUGCUGGUGCACCGCCUGUUACUCUCGCUGAGAUAACAUUCGGUGGAGGUGGAGGUCGUGAUUUUUAUGAAAUUACCCUCGUCAAUGGUUACAAUCUACCUAUGAUAAUGGUACCAAUUAAUGGAAACCGACCAUUCGCUGCUGGAAGAUUUGACUGUAAAGCUGCUGGAUGUAAAUAUGAUCUCGACGCCAGGUGUCCUACAGAAUUAGCAGCAAGGUCAGGACGAAAGACAAUCGGUUGCAAAACUGCAUGUGCUGUAUUCAAUACCGAUCAAUAUUGUUGUCGGAGAGCUUUUAAUUCAGCAAGAACUUGCAGGAGUCAAAAUUGGCCCAAAAAUUAUGCAGCUAUCUUCAAAGGGGCCUGUCCAGAUGCCACCAGUUAUGCAUACGAUGAUCAAAGAAGCACUUUCUCCUGUCGACCAGAUCCAUCUACUACUUAUGAAAUUUACUUCUGCCCCUAAAAAAGAAGUUCUUAUCAAAAUUACUAUAUUCAAAAUUCCUAAAUUUCAAUUUUAUUGUAUUCAGAAUGUAGCUUCUCCGUUGCAAUUUUAUGUGAUGCUUUCCUCAAUUAACAAAUUUUUUUGAAAGAUAUUCCGAAGCUAGUGAAAUAAAUUGUAAAUAAAUAACAGUUAAUUAAAUUAAUUAAAAUUAAA